UCUCACCACUACCAAAUCAAGAGUGUUCAACCAAUCAAUUUGAUAUAUCGGAGCUUCCCCAAAUUAGCAAAUCAAGAGUGUUCCACCAAUCAAUUAGACCAAAGAAAUCUGAGCUUCCCCCAAAUUAUUGCAAUGGCAGAAGCAGUGGUGUCGACUGCUCUAGAAACCUUGCGCGAUUUGUUGGUGGAAGAAGCAAGGUUUUUAUAUGGUGUGGGUGACCAAGUGAGGGAGCUCGAGAUCCAGCUCAAAGAGAUGAAAUGUCUCCUCAAAGAUGCCGACAGAAGACGACAUGAAAAUGAAACCAUUUUUAAUUGGAUCUCAGAGAUCAAAGAUCUUGUGUACAGAGCAGAAGCUGCCAUUGAAAGACACGCAGCUCAUCAAGUGACUUCAAGGAGAAGACGAGGCCUCAGACAGCUCGUCCGCAAAUGUAGUUGUAGUUUAGAAGAAUACAAGUCGAUCCACCAAUUAGGCUCGGAGAUUUCACCGAUCAAAUCCCGACUUGAAAGGAUAAACAAGGAAAUGUUAGAAAGUGGCAUAAAGAAGAGCAUCAUCAACAAUACAUAUGAAGGGGAAAGCUCGUCCGCCAACAACAGAGCAAGGAAGAGCUUCCCCGAAUUCGAGAUCGGAGAGUGUUUUGUGGGAAUGAAGGACGAGCUCAAGCAGCUUCUUCAUCUCCUAGUGGAAGACGAAAAGCAUCGAGUAAUUUCAGUGUGGGGAAUGGGGGGAUCAGGCAAGACCACCAUUGCCAAAAAGCUCUACAAUGAGACCAACACCAACUUUGAUCUUUGCGCAUGGGUUUGCAUUAGUCAGCAAUGUCAGAGCUUUCAAUCAGUUUGGAAUGAUGUUCUCAUGCAGCUACAGCAUCAAAACACGAAGGAUGGGCCAAAAAUAAGGGAGGAUGUUACAAGUUUGAACGAGUGGGAGUUGAAGGAGCGACUAUGCAAGAUACAAAGAGAGAAGCGAUGCCUCAUUGUUUUUGACGAUCUUUGGGAAACUUCUCAUUGGGAUGGCUUCAAGCAUCCCUUCCUUGUCCAAGAUUUACAGAGCAAAAUCUUGAUCACCACGCGUGAACAGGAAGUCGCGGAGAUUGGAUGCCCUAUCAAACUUGGGUUUCUAAAAGAGGAAGAUGCUUUGGAACUACUCAAGAAGAAAGCAUUUCCCCACACCAACAUUCCAGAGUUUGCAUUGGAAGACAAUGUUGAGAAAAUUGGGAAAGAAAUGGUGAAGAAAUGUGGGUAUUUGCCGUUGGCAAUUUGUUUACUCGGUGGGGUCUUGAGAAAGACAAAUUCGAUGAUGGAGUGGAAGUUAGUCAAAGAAGUCAUAUAUAGAGAUGAAAAGCAGAUUGAUGGAGUGCUAAAUUUAAGCUAUGAAAGCCUACCCUAUUAUUUGAAGCCUUGCUUUCUCUAUAUGGGUAUAUUUCACGAGGACCAAACCAUAUAUCCUAGGCAACUAUAUAGGAUGUGGAUAGCACAAGGCAUGAUUUCAUAUGAGAAUGCUGGAGACAAUGACAAAAAUUUGAUGGAAAUUGCCGAGCUCUACUUGGGUGAGUUGGCCUCCAGGUCCAUCGUCCAAGUUGAAAUUAAUUUCGGCGAUGCUGUCAGUGGUGGAGGAAAAUAUUGGAGCUGCAAACUUCAUGAUGUAGUAAGAGAACUAUGUUUGAAAUUGGGGAGAAGUGAGGAUUUUGGUGCACAGAGUUUGGAGUAUCAAAGUGGGAAAGCUUCCUCGCAUAGGAAAAUACGGCAUUUGGCUAUACAUUUCAGGAAGGAAGUUCAAGUGGAACCUGAAGAGCUUACACUCACUUGGGGAGAAGAUAGUAGUGAACAUUUAAGGUCUCUUCAAAUGUUUAGUCACAUAAAUUCGGGUGUUGUUGAGUUUCCCCCGCAAGGUAUUGUUGAUUUUCAGAAAUUCAAAUUGCUGAGAGAUCUAUGUAUGGUGGGAUUCAAAUUUGAAGGAAGAAAGUUAUCGAAAGGAAUCACUAGUCUUGUUCACCUUAGACGUUUGUGUUUAGAAAGAUGUGAAUUUGAUACGCUACCAUCGUUCAUUAGGAAUUUGGUAUACAUGGAUACCCUUGAUUUAACUGUUUCGAAGAAUGUUGAAGUUCCAAAUGUUUUUAAGGAGAUGCUACAUUUAAAACACUUGUUUCUUCCCUAUUAUGAUGAGGAAAAAAUUGGAAAUUAUCGAUUGACAUUGGACGAGGGAGUGAUUGAGUUGGAGACCUUGUGGUAUUUGGAUAGUAGAGUGCAUGACUUAAAAUGUAUGAACAGAAUGAAGAAUCUGCGAAAUUUCUCAAUAAAAAUAUACGACAACGAAAGCUUGUCAGCCAUCAUCGACGCCAUUGCUCUCAUGGAAAAGUUACUGUCUUGUUCGGUUGUAAUCAAAGAGGGUUGCAAGUUAGGAACAAAUGAGGGAGUGUUAACGCUGAAGAAGGUAAUCACAUGUCCCAAUCUUCAUUCCUUGUGGAUUGAAGUUAAGUUAGGGAAGGCGCUGGCAGAGUGCGGGAGUGACUUCAUCAGUUCAAAACUUAUAACUUUGACCCUAUAUAAAUGUGAGAUUGAGGAUGAUCCAUUAGGGAUACUGGGGAAGCUUCCUUGCUUGAUAUAUUUGUAUUUAUGGAGGAAAUCAUUUGUGGGGGAGGAGAUGACGUGUCCAUCAAACAGUUUUCCUCGCCUCAAGUUGCUUGUGCUCUCUCAAUUACCAAAGUUAAAGGAGUGGAGAGUGGAGGCAGGAGCCAUGCCCCUUCUCUAUGAAUUGGAGAUUUAUGAUUGUUCCAGUCUGAAGAUGCUUCCAGAUGGUUUGAGUGGCAUUUCUACUCUUCGGAAACUGGAGAUUACUGGAAUGGCGGAAAUGGGGAAGAGGGUAUCGACAUCAGGAGAGGAUUUCCACAAAGUCACCCAUGUCUCUUCAAUUAUCAUCCGAGACAAUCGAUGACCAACUAGUCUAGUCUCCACCCGGGUAAUGCUUGCACCAAUCUCAUUCUCAAUUCCCAAUUAUGUUGCUUCAAUUUUAGUUUUUCUCUAAACGCGGAUUAUUGGGUGCGACCGUCGCACAGGUGUGCGACGGGUCGACCCGGCUCCAAACCCGCCCUCCUGACCCGAAACCCUGACCCGCGUGGGUUUGACCCAUACUCCUAAUUAUUACAUUUGUUUAUAAUAAUUGUUACUUUUAAUAAACAUAAUAUAUACAUUUGUUCAUAUAAAUGUAUAUUGAUAUGUAUAAUGUUUUAUAUUGAAUGAAGGUAAAUAUUUAUAUUAAUAUAAGUAUAUAUUUGUGCGACCAAAUGUAUAUCUUAUGCUUAUUAAAAGUAAGUGUUCAGGCUUAGGGUUUAGUUUACAGGAUUUAGGGUUUAGGGUUCAGGCUUAGGGUUUAGUUUACAGGGUUUAGGGUUUAGUUUAUAGAAUUUAGGAUUUAGAAAAUAUAAUACUUUAUAUUAAAUGAAGGUAAAUACCUAUAUUUAUAUAAGUAUACCUAUAAACAAAUGUAAUAAUUUAGGAUUCAGGAUUUUGGGUCUGGGCACGGGUCGGGUCGGGGCGGACCCGUCGCACUGGAGUGCGACCGCCGCAUGCAAGACCGGCCCUUCUCUAAAAGAUAGGUAUCUUGACAAGGUUUUAACUAUAAAGCUCGACGCAUUCUAAACUUGUAUCGUCUUGGUUUUGGUUGCAGGCUACUUUUCUCCCCCCCUUCGAGUUACAGUCUUGUUGUUCCAUGUCCCAAGUGUUUCUCUUUAAUUAUUUGCAUUAUUUUCUCUGCAACCUUGUUUCGCUUUAAUCACUUAAAAAAAAAUUAAAUGUGUAUGUUUUUAUUAAUCUGGUUGAAUUUGGUGAUUCUGGACAAUUUAUUCUAGACUUUCUUAGUUCCA